CAACGUACAGUCCAUCACUUGACUUAUAAGCACAUGCCGUGUAUAUUCCUUUCUCCAUUUCUCUGCGGGAUUUGAGGUCUACUUAUGAUGGAAACACAACGCGCCGCGUCGGCGCUGCUGCGUUCCCGGCGAACAACUUUUCCUGGAAGUUUCCAUUCGGCAUUACACUCUCGUCGAGCACUUCUUUGCCGUUCAGAUUAUGCACGAACAGCUUUUACCUCGCUACGAUCGCUCUCAAGUACAUCGCGUCAGCAACAGGAAGACGCACUGGGUCCAAUACUGCAGCCCAACAGAGGUGUCAAACAGGAAGAGACACGAAGAAAACAAAGCCCAUCCUUGUUAUUUACAAACAAUAGUCGAAGUAAACGGGGACCAAGUACCACACAUCUUGAUGGCUUCGACGCUGUUAUGAAUGGUUCAGCUUUCUCACGACCUACAAGAACCUCCUCUGCGGAAAGUCGCAAAUUCCUCGACGGGAACUUUGGCAAGGAUUGGUCACCCAAACCACUCCAGUCCACACAACCCAAACUAGAAAUGCACCUUCUCGACUUCGGGACCACACAGUCUGCCCCUGGUCUCACGAGCGCUCUGUCCCCCGGGCUAGAACCUCAAAAAUAUAGCUACCCGCGCCUAUACCGAGGCCUUGGUCGCGAGGUUAAAACGCCUGGCGGUUCAGAUCUUCAAAAGGCCAUUACCACGUUGACAAUGAUUGUUACAAAGAACAAGAUUAGAGCUACUCACUUGAGCCAGAAAUUUCACGAGAGAGCGGGCAUGAAAAGAAAGCGUUUGAAGAGCGUAAGAUGGCGACGUAGGUUUGCUCAGGGGUUCUCAUAUGUCACCAGACGAGUGCAACGAUUUGUUAAUCAAGGAUGGUGAGAUUGGCGUAUCCUUUGCGUGUUCCCUAUAAUGGUCGAUAUAUCGCGUCGGUAACUAUACGAGCGUUGCGCAUCCCCAAAUUAUACCUAUUUUGAAUUCUGUAACUGUCAUAUGGCUGUAAAAUAAGGCAAACCAAUCGACCCCGAUCCGAGCUAAAAGUACAAAGGGAGAAGAACGCUCAUAUUCUCCUUGAGACUACCAACAUAGGUCACUAGUCGCAACUAUAAACAUGCGACGUGGCUCUAACGUCCAUCAAGCCGGAUUGAUGCCCAGAAUAUUUCUGUAUGUAUAUGACUGAGACUCUUAGAAGCACUCACGAAAGUCAAUGACUACCUGGCAUGUAGCUUUCUAUACCUUUUCAAGUUGUUUUGAAAGGCGUUCAAACCCACACUCACGAAUCAAUCAUUUCCACAUCCUCAUCCAAGUCAA